AUGGAAUCAAAAAAUUAUAUUCAGCAUACUAAUAUACCUUGGAUACCUAAUUCUCAUAAUAGGUUACAAUAUGAAAGCCUUUUCGAAAUUACAUCCGAAAUGCAGGAAGUAUUGGACAAAGAAUUACAUGAUUAUCUUUCUGAAAUUUUAAAUUUAUUGCUUGAGGAAAAAUUAUCUAAGAUUAAUAACAUUGAUGUUCUUGCUAAUAGCAUAGGAUCAAAUGAUCACUGUAAAAAACGAUGUUUUGAAUGUAGUGAAAAAAAUAUUGAUAAUAGAAAACAGGUUUGUUCAAAAUGUUCAGCUCGUCUACUCAAGUUAACAAAAUUACAGCAAGAACAGUCCUCUGAAUUAGAGAAAGAUGUUAAGGACUAUCCAAUUAUAUUUAAGCCAUAUAGUAUUGAAGAAUCUAGUCUGUUUACCAUACUAAGAAUAAGUAUUACUCAGAAGUUAUCACCUGAUAAAGGAGUUCGAAUUCCAGAUAUUUUUGUUCCUAAUCCUCUUGAUAUUAACCCUAAUUCAAUUGCUAAUGUCAAAGAAAUUCUACUUCAUAUAGAGAAAAUCUCUGGGUUCGCGAAGUGUCAAGGAUACAAGACGGAAAAGCAACUUGCCUAUUUCAAGAAGUGCUAUGACUAUCACAAGGCUUGGGAUUCCAUUUGCAACAUUUAUUGUUAUGCGAUAGCUACGGAGUUGAUUUGGUUAUAUGUUAAGAAUAGCUUGAAUCUAUCAGCAAAAAGAUAUCUGACCUGGGCGAAAGAACAAAAUGAUCCUCUUUAUCAAUUCAAAUUUGAACAGGAAUUAGACGCGAUUUUAGAAGAAAUCAACAAGAUUUUGAAGACACUGAUACCUCCUGUCCCACAAAUGCAUCAUUGGAGAAUUGCCGCAAGAAAUUGUAAAAAAUUUUUUCAGUUGUGGAAAAAUUUUUUUGAAUUAAUUGGAUACAACGAUCUUCAAAUAAAUAGCCUGAGAACCAGACCGGAACUAACUAUUGAACAUCAGAGAUUUCGAGCCCUUCUGAAGAAAAAUAGAUUCAUUAAUCUAACAGCUCCAAGAACUAUCUACAAAAGUUUGGAUAAUGAAUAUGAAUUAAGCUUACAUUUAUCAAAUUUUACUAACUUAGCAAAAAAAGAAGAAAGCACACAAAAAGCUGAAGUUCAUAUAACUAAAGUAGAAAUAAUUUUCAAGAUUGAAGCUCUUCUUGUACAGUUAGAUGAUAGUGUCCAGAAAAGGUAUAGUAGAAUAAAAUCUAAAAGACGAGACGAAUUAUUGAUUUUAUUAGAUGAG